ACAGCAGUCACCCCACCUGCCAACUGUCACAUCUUGACAUACAAAUAUGGGCACGUAGCCACUCGCAAUCAGCAAGGAUAUCCUCUUUUCGGAUUCGGGCUCAAAGAAUCUGUCGCCAAGAUGGGCCGACUCGCGUGGUACGCUGGGGUCUCUACGGCUUUGGCAGCUGGUGUGGUUGUUUCUGCCUUCAAUCAAAGGGCGAACUUCUACUCGGCAUGUGUUUAUCUGCAGCAAAGCAAUCUGUGCUUGAUGGUCCUUAUCAAUUUGAUACUCUUCAUCUAUAGCAGUCUGAUGUAUGGACUGCAACGCCUCUGCUAUGGCCCUCUGCGACCUAUCGAGAUCGAACAGUUAUAUGAGAAGGGAUGGUUCGCGGUCACCGAGACUUGUCUGGCCAUGACAAUAUUUAGGGAGGAAGUUGGCCCAUGGUUCUUGGUAAUGUUCGUUGCUCUUUUGACGAGCAAGGUAUGGGGUUGGAUUGGAGACGGAAGAGUAGAAAUCCUCGAACAACAGCCUCCCGCAAACCCACGCCUAUUCCACUUCCGCCUAUCCAUCUCCCUUACAAUAUCGGUCCUGUACAACGUCUGGAUGGUGUCCUACGCUAUCAACACUGUUAUCCAACAGGCCCGACCAAAUAUGAUGGUGAUGUUCCUCUUCGAAUUUACCAUUCUAACUACCUCAUCGAUUUCGACCGCCCUCCGAUAUUGCAUUUCUCUGAUUGAAGCGAGAGUCAUCAAGAACCAGACACGCGAGAGGUUGAUUGAGAGGCGUAGAGAGGUCAGAGAGGAAAGGGCUGAGAUUAUUAGACAGAGGCAAGAAGCAGCGGCAGCGGCAGCACGUGAAGGAAAUGAGCCACCUUCAUCUACGGGACCGCUGCCCUCUGAGGAUGAUGUUGACGAGAUGGAUAUCGAAGUUCCGGGAUGGGAGGCAAAGGGUCAAUGGGUAUUGACCCUUGAUCUUGUCACAGAUUUCGCCAAAUUGUGCAUCUAUCUCAGCUUCUUCUUCAUCCUCCUCCUGUUCUAUGGCAUACCGAUCCAUAUAAUGCGUGAUCUGUUCAUGACGACGAGGUCAUUCUUAAAACGUCUCACAGCCUUUCUUCGAUAUCGACGAGCUACUCAAGAUAUGAACAAACGGUAUGAAGAUGCUACUGUGGAGGAUAUCCAGAGGGAGGAUACAUGUAUCAUUUGUCGAGAGGAGAUGAGACCUUGGUCUGUUACGAACCCUCAGGCUCCUCCGGCAGCUGCAGGAGCUCCUCCACCGGCACGAUCGGCUACCUCAGUCAACGAGCGCACUAGGCCGAAGAAAUUGCCUUGUGGACAUAUCCUCCAUCUUGGCUGUCUGAAGAGUUGGCUUGAACGACAGCAAGUAUGCCCGACAUGUCGAAGACCUGUAGUAGACAAUACCCAACCAGCGCGUACUGCAGAAAACAAUGCAAAUCAAGGGGCCCAGGCUGCCCAACCACCUAUAGGAGGUCAAGAAGCUGGUGCCCAACCUCCAGUUGCUGGGCGGGGUGCUGUUCGUGGUAUGCGGAUGCUUAACUUUGGGCCCCUGAGGGUUGGUUUUGGUCAAGCCAAUCUCCAAGAUCUUGCGCAAGGCCUCGGUGGUCCUUUGCCCGGUCCAGAUAAUGCUGUAGCUGGAGGACCAAGGGUGUACGGUCUGGAGUUGGGCAUUCCCCGACGCCAACAACCUCAGCCACAGGUCCCAGGGCCUACCAAUACGGCUGGGCCAGCCGCUCUUCAGAAUCAUCUCCAACAAAUAGAGCAGAGUAUCAUGACAGAGAUACGUGCUCUUCAAGUUACGCAGCAGGAGCUUCAAUUAGUGCAACUCUUGCAAGCGGAACUAGCACGACUUCGACUCCUACACAACGGAGCGACCGAUCAGCAGCCAGCAGGCCUCCAACCACAAUUAGGAACAUUGGGCGCGAGGCAGACAGCGCGGUUCACCACGCCGCCACAGCAAGUGCAACGACAUGGAGCACGUCCUAACACGUCGGCCAUACCCGCUGGCAGUGCCGACCUUCCGCCAGGUGUUGUAAUUCCAGAAGGUUGGACGCUGCUUCCACUGCAAAGACUAGAUGGUCCGGCUGUCACACAAUCUGGUACAAUACCUCCUGCAGCAAAUGCAAGAUCAGUUCCCACAGCCACUACUACACAAGAAGCCACCAGCCCUACGCCGGGACUAUCCAACAAUACAUCCACCCCAAUUCCGACAGCAACUCAGGAAAGUCAGCCCCAGACUUCGCCCGUUAAUUCGUCCGACACGAACACAAUCCAAACUACACCGUCCAUCGACCAGUCAAACUUGGGAAGCUCAACUGUCCCAGACACUACGCUUCCAAGUACUAUGCCUACAGCUUCGACAUCUGCAUCGCAAGCUCCAUCGGCGCCUUCAGUAUUACCUAACUGGGGAUCUUCUCAACUAUUUUCGGGACCAAGUCUCACGACUAGUACUGAUAGUGGUAACGUGAAUCCUGCAACGGCCCCAAAUUCUAGCGAUAAUGAUUCUUCCACGGACGUGGCGCAAUCCAGUUCUCUGUCGAGGCAACCAUCAGGAGAGGACUCGGAGCAGCGCAGGCGAGAAAGGAGUACUGCAAGAGCUGCUACGGUGGAGGAUGCGGUUGACGAGGCCGAUGGAGUCUAG